AUGGCCUCCUCCAUCCCCAAGAUCAAGGUCAAGAACCCGGUGGUGGAGCUGGACGGUGAUGAGAUGACCCGUGUCAUCUGGAAGGACAUCAAGGACAAGUUCAUCUUCCCGUACCUCGACAUCGACCUGAAGUACUACGACCUCGGUCUCGAGUACCGUGAUGAGACCAAUGACCAGGUCACAAUUGACGCCGCCGAGGCGAUCAAGAAGUACAGCGUUGGUGUCAAGUGCGCCACCAUCACCCCUGACGAGGCUCGUGUCAAGGAGUUCAACUUGAAGCAGAUGUGGCUGUCCCCCAAUGGCACCAUCCGUAACGCCCUGGGCGGCACCGUCUUCCGCGAGCCCAUUGUGAUCCCCCGCAUCCCGCGCCUGGUGCCCGGGUGGAAGAAGCCCAUCAUCAUCGGACGUCACGCCUUCGGCGACCAGUACCGCGCCAAGGACAAGGUGAUCCCGGGCCCCGGCAAGCUGUCCAUGGUGUACACGCCCGCGGACGGCGGCGCGCCCGAGGAGAUUGAGGUGUACCAGUUCAAGAACGGUGGCGGCGUCGCCCAGACGCAGUACAACACGGACGAGAGCAUCACGGGCUUUGCCCACGCCAGCUUCAAGCUCGCGCUCGACAAGGAGCUGCCGCUGUACAUGAGCACUAAGAACACCAUCCUCAAGAAGUACGACGGCCGCUUCAAGGACAUCUUCCAGGAGCUGUACGACUCCCAGUACAAGAAGGAGUUUGAGGCCAAGGGCAUCUGGUACGAGCACCGCCUGAUCGACGACAUGGUCGCCCAGAUGGUCAAGAGCACCGGUGGCUACAUCAUGGCCCUGAAGAACUACGACGGCGACGUCCAGUCCGACAUCGUCGCGCAGGGCUUCGGCUCCCUGGGCCUGAUGACGUCGGUGCUGAUCACGCCGGACGGCAAGACGUUCGAGUCGGAGGCGGCGCACGGCACCGUGACGCGCCACUACCGCGAGCACCAGAAGGGCAAGGAGACGUCGACGAACCCCAUCGCCAGCAUCUUCGCCUGGACGCGCGGCCUGUCGCAGCGCGGCAAGCUCGACGGCCAGCCCGAGCUCGUCGCCUUCGCCGAGUCGCUCGAGAAGGCCUGCAUCGACACCGUCGACGUCGACGGCGUCAUGACCAAGGACCUGGCCCUCGCCUGCGGCAAGACCGCCCGCGAGGACUACGUCACCACCACCGAGUACCUCAACGCCGUCGAGAGGCGGAUGAAGAAGAUCCUCAAGGAGAAGCUGUAA